CACCUGAGCUGUUGGGCAGAAUAACCGGAUGCUCUGUGCAAGUUUGUGCUUCUCCGUUAUACAGGAUGUGCAGUCCACCGGGAAAGGUCUUCCAGUUUUAGGGCCACGAUUGGGUCACGCAGCAGAGUGGGCCCACAGGGACACCUAGUGGAGGACAGACCUCAUGCAGAACUCAGAGGAACCAACAAAUGAACCUGCGAGUGCACAGAUGGAAAGGGGUUCGUAUGAUUUGCCGUCACAUGAAGCUCUCUCAAAAAUCCUGCUGGAGUAUCUUCAACUCCUCAAAAAGCCUCAAACUCAAACCAGGACAGAAUCUGUACCUCUUAAAAAGUCAAAGUCUCAGCUCAACCGAACGUUUGAUGUUCAAUCACCGCUCAAAAGUCCACCAAUGCCUGAUUUCGAAGAUGACCCUCAUGCAGGUGAAGUCACCGAACAUCAAACUAAAGAGCUGGAAAACUACCGUGUGGCGAUGCAUAAGAUGGCGGAUGACAUCCUGGCGCUUCGCUCUCAGGUGAGCACGCUGGAGUCUGAGAAGAGUCAGCUGCGGCGGGACCUGUCUCGACAUCAGGACCUGCUGGACGACACCGACACUGACGUCAUGACCACGAGCGAGAUGGCUGACCGGAUCGCCUCUCUGAAGUUCAAGCUGUCCAGUGAAAGCAGCAAAGCAGCCGCCCAGAAGGACAGACUCCAACAGCUCCAAAAUGAGCUCAUCAGGAAGAACGAUAUUGAGAAAGAGUUUGUCCAGCUGCAAAGAGCUCAUCAACAGCAGCAGGCUGUGCUAAAGAAAUAUCAGGCCCGGAGUGGUAAAAUAUCAGCCCUGGAGGAUACAGUUCGCCAACAGGAAAAGGUCAUUGAGAAGAUGGAGAAAACAUUGGAUGCAAAACUAAAGGAAAGAAAUAAAGAGAAUUCAGAAAAGAAGAAAUUUGCCGUGAAACAUAAAGAUGCAGAGGAGCUCAAGAGGAGAGAGAUCGAGUCUGUGCUGGCGGCAGAAAAUGCUCGACUCAGAGAAGAGCUGCACAGAAUGCGUAAUCUCCCACCAGCUGUUAUCCUUCAGCAGCCUGUGCAGACCCAUCAGCCUUUCUCAGACAGUGAGAAGCUGGAGUUAUCGACACAGCUGGCGAGAGCCGAGGGUCGAAUCCAGACACUGGAACAACAGCUGAAAGAAAACUCCAGACAGUGGGGGAAAGAGAAACAAGAGAUGUUGACCAGACUCAGUGAAUAUGAACAUGGGUUCACUCGAACAUCAACCAUGAUGAUUCAUGAUCUACCCGUGAAAAGUGUGACUGAUUCUGUAUUGGGACAUACUCGACACAGGCAACUGGAACCUCUUAAGUGACCACAUCCCAUCAGUGUUAGUAAAUUACAUUAAUAGUAAUGA